CCGGCCAGGCGCGAGCAGCGGGAGGAGGAGCUGCGGCUGUGGCCACCGGGGUAAGUCCGCGGCACCGCUGGAAGCUGCGGACGGCGCGAGCUGGUCCCCGCGUGGAAGAGGCACGGGCGACCCGGGAGUCAUGGAGCCUAGUGACGCGGCGCGCCCGGGUCCCGGGAGAGCUCUUCGGGGGCUGUCGCCGCGGCUGCUGCUGCUGCCACUGUUGCCGGUGCUGCUGGGUCGGGGGCUGCGGGCUGGGGCCGCGGCCUCCUCUGGGGCGGCGGCUGAGGACAGCAGCGCCUUGGAGGAGCUUGCCACCGAAAAGGAGGCGGAGGAGAGCCACCGGCAGGACAGCGUGAGCCUGCUCACCUUCAUCCUGCUGCUCACCCUCACCAUCCUCACCAUCUGGCUUUUCAAGCACCGCCGGGUGCGUUUCCUUCAUGAGACCGGGCUGGCCAUGAUUUAUGGGCUCAUUGUUGGAGUGAUCCUGAGAUAUGGCACCCCUGCUACCAGCGGUCAUGACAAGUCACUCAGCUGUACUCAGGAAGACAGAGCCUUUAGCACUUUAUUAGUGAAUGUCAGUGGGAAGUUCUUUGAAUACACUCUGAAAGGAGAAAUCAGCCCUGGCAAGAUCAACAACGUGGAGCAGAAUGACAUGCUGCGGAAGGUAACAUUUGAUCCAGAGGUAUUUUUCAACAUUCUGCUGCCUCCAAUUAUUUUCCAUGCUGGAUACAGCUUAAAGAAGAGACACUUUUUCAGAAAUCUUGGGUCGAUUCUGGCCUAUGCUUUCUUGGGGACUGCUGUUUCUUGCUUCAUUAUUGGAAAUCUUAUGUAUGGAGUGGUGAAACUCAUGAAGAUUGUGGGCCAGCUCUCUGAUAAAUUUUACUACACAGAUUGUCUCUUUUUUGGAGCAAUUAUUUCUGCCACUGAUCCAGUGACUGUGCUGGCAAUCUUUAACGAACUACAUGCAGAUGUGGAUCUUUAUGCUCUUCUAUUUGGAGAGAGUGUCCUGAAUGAUGCAGUUGCCAUUGUACUAUCCUCUUUUACCAUGGGAGCUGUAACUGGUGUUGUUACUGCUCUAGUGACCAAGUUUACUAAGCUGCACUGCUUCCCCCUGCUGGAGACAGCGCUUUUUUUCCUGAUGUCCUGGAGUACCUUUCUCCUGGCGGAAGCCUGUGGCUUUACAGGUGUUGUAGCUGUCCUUUUCUGUGGGAUUACACAAGCUCAUUACACAUAUAACAACCUGUCAGUAGAAUCUCGAAGUCGAAGCAAGCAGCUUUUUGAGGUGUUACACUUCCUGGCAGAGAACUUCAUCUUCUCCUACAUGGGCCUGGCACUGUUCACCUUCCAGAAACACGUUUUCAGCCCCAUUUUCAUCAUCGGUGCUUUUGUUGCCAUCUUCCUGGGAAGAGCUGCACAUAUCUACCCACUCUCCUUCUUCCUCAACUUGGGCAGAAGGCAUAAGAUUGGCUGGAAUUUUCAACACAUGAUGAUGUUUUCAGGCCUGAGAGGAGCGAUGGCAUUUGCACUGGCUAUCCGUGACACGGCAUCAUAUGCCCGCCAGAUGAUGUUCACAACCACGCUGCUCAUUGUCUUCUUCACUGUGUGGGUCAUUGGUGGAGGCACAACACCCAUGUUGUCAUGGCUCAAUAUAAGAGUUGGUGUGGAGGAGCUCUCUGAAGAGGACCAGAAUGAGAACCGAUGGCAGUAUUUCAGAGUUGGUGUUGACCCAGAUCAAGACCCACCACCUAACAAUGACAGCUUUCAAGUCUUACAAGGGGAUGGCAUGGAUUCUGUUGGAGGAAGCCGGACAAAGCAGGAAAGUGCAUGGAUAUUCAGGCUGUGGUACAUCUUUGAUCAUAAUUAUUUGAAGCCCAUUCUCACCCACAGUGGUCCCCCGCUAACCACCACUCUCCCUGCCUGGUGUGGCUUGCUAGCUCGAUGUCUGACCAGUCCUCAGGUGUAUGAUAAUCAAGAGCCACUGAGAGAAGAUGACUCUGAUUUCAUCCUGACGGAAGGUGACCUCACCUUGACCUAUGGGGAUAGCACCGUGACAGCAAAUGGCUCCUCAAGCUCCUACACAGCCUCCACAAGUCUCGAGUGUGGUCGGAGAACAAAAAGCAGCUCUGAGGAAGUACUUGAGCGAGACCUGGGAAUGGGAGACCAGAAGGUUUCCAGCCGGGGAACCCCCCUCGUGUUUCCACUGCAGGAAAAUGCAUGACUUACCUGUAAAUCCUGAGGGAUCAGGGAGGCUCUUAUAAGGGUGAGGAUGGCCAAAUGCCCCAGUGUGUUUGAUGUGUUGUAUUGAUCAUGUUAAGACUAUUGCUUCUGUUUCAGUGGGGCCUGAAACUAUCUUACCACUCAAAACUUAACUCAAGACUCAGAUGGUAAAGCUGAAGUGUCUCUAAAUUAAACACAAAUGCAGACCUA